GGGCCGAAGCGCCCGGAUGUUGUUGCGCGGAGCCCGGGGGCUGGCGGGGGCGCGUCGGGGGGAGGCCCUGGACGGCACCAGCAGCAGUGGGGGGGUGCCCGGGGCAGGGUCCCCCCUCUCCCACACCUCCAGCGUUCGGGAGCGCUCGGACACCCCAGCAAAGGAGAGCGGCACCGCAGGGAGCGAUGGCAGCGGGGGGGGACCCCGAGGUGACAAAGGGCUGCCCCCCCCGCCGACCCACUGCUGCGGGACCGGCUGCCCCAACUGCGUGUGGGUCGGGUACGUGGAGGAGCUGCUGCAGCGGUACCAGGAUGGAGGGGCCCGGGCGCUGGCGGCGCUGGAGGAGCACGUGGAGGACGAGAACAUUAAAGCCAUCCUGAGGAUGGAGAUCAGGCUGCGCAUGAGGAAGGACUGAGCAUCCCCCGGCCCCCCAGAGCCAGUGGUGACCCCC